AUGAAAUUUGCUCUCCCCUCCGCUGUUAAUGCUGCCGCUGCCUUACUUCUUUCUCUUUCAGCUAUCCCAAUUCAUUCCCUUCCAAUCAACCCUGCAAGUUCCGUUGCACUUGAAAAGCAUACGAUCGAAGGCUUGAAUAAUUAUAACUGCAAACUGACUCCUGUUCAUCCUCGCCCUGUGAUCUUGCUUCAUGGGGCUACACUAACCGUCUAUUCCUGGUCCACGUUUGCACCUGAACUGAUCAAGCGCGGCUAUUGUGUCUUUGGUCUCACCUAUGGCAAAAAUAAAAAAAUUCCUGGGUUCGGAGGCCUUACUCCGGUUGAGGAUUCUGCCCGAGAGAUUGGAGCUUUCGCAGAUGAAGUUAUGCGCAAGAUGAAUGUGUCUCAAGUUGACAUUGUUGGGCAUUCACAAGGCGGCAUUCUGACAAGGUACUGGAUUAAGUAUUUGGAUGGAGCUGGCAAGGUUUACAGGCAUAUCGGAAUCGCCCCCAUCCACCAUGGUACAACUCUGAAUGGGAUCGCAACGCUGACUACAGCUCUCGGGUUGUUCUAUCCGUUCCGGUCCGUGUAUGAGCCGCUCAUUCCAUCACUAUCUCAGCUGCUUGCGAACUCCACUUUUAUGCAGACGCUGAAUGCUGGAGGCGACACUUCCCCUGGCGUUAUUGAAUCUAACAUCGCUACCAAGUACGAAGACAUUAUUACUCCAUGGAAGUCGUGCUUCCAGCAUGGCCCUGGCGUUAUAAACGCUGCACUUCAAGACCUUUGCACGUUGUCAUUGGACGAACAUCUUGACAUUCUCCACAGCAAGGUCGCUCUUCAGUUCGUCCUUAACCAGCUUGACCCAUCGACUGCCAAGACUGCGAGCUGCUUGUCACUGCUCUAA